UCCUUGCUGAAUUGUGCUUCACUUCCAAUGCAGAUCAGCAACUUUGCAAGUCUUUGGUUCAUCUCCCUCUUCAUCUCUAUCUUCGCCACCGGCAUCUUGGAGAUGAGAUGGAGCGGUGUCGGCAUCGAUGAAUGGUGGAGGAAUGAACAGUUUUGGGUCAUCGGAGGCGUCUCCGCCCAUCUUUUCGCCGUAUUCCAAGGCCUUCUAAAAGUUCUCGCCGGUAUCGACACAAACUUCACCGUCACUUCCAAGGCUUCAGAUGAGGAAGGAGAUUUCACAGAACUCUACAUGUUCAAAUGGACCACACUUCUGAUACCACCCACAACUCUCUUGAUCAUAAACCUUGUCGGCGUCGUUGCCGGAAUAUCAUAUGCCAUUAACAGUGGUUAUCAGUCAUGGGGACCUCUCUUUGGCAAGCUUUUUUUUGCCUUCUGGGUCAUUGUUCAUCUCUACCCAUUCCUCAAGGGUCUAAUGGGCCGGCAGAAUCGAACCCCGACCAUCGUCGUGGUCUGGUCUAUUCUUCUUGCCUCUAUAUUCAGCUUGUUGUGGGUUCGAAUUGACCCUUUCACCACCAGAGUUACAGGUCCAGAUGUGCAGCAAUGUGGAAUCAAUUGCUAGGGAGUAAAUCACCUUCAAAGAAAGGUAAGAUUUGUUUUGUUUAAAUGUGGGUGCUACUUAUUUUAUUCAUGCAUUGUAUAUUUAGAGAUAGAAUGAGUUCCCCUUUUUAAUAUAUUGCCUGUUGUUGCUGUUAAUUAAUUUCCUUGUUUUUGUGUUAAGAACAACUGCAAGAGAUUGCCAAUAAAACUAUUAUUUUAUCAAAA